CCCCACCUCGAGGCUAUACCAGGAGCAACAGGCUCAUUCGGGGCAUGUUGACUGUCGUUCGGAGGGCCGUACCAGGGUCGACCAGGCCGCGGCGCGGUGCGGCAGUGGCAGCGGCGGGCGCGCAGCAGCAGCAAUCGCCCACUCUCUACCAAAGCUCUACUGCUUCAACAUCAUCACGCACCAGCAGCAGCAGCAGCUCGACCAGCAGCAACAAGACUAACGUUGUUGUGCCACAACGCACCGCUGCCUUCUCUGCUGUAGCGGCUUCCGGCUCCCCUAGCAUCAGGCCAUCCCCGUCGACUUCUCCGUCGCGCUCCCACGCGGCGCUCCCGUCGCCGAGGUGGGAGGGAUCUGGGGGGCAAAGCAGCAGCAGUGGAGCCUCUUCGAGCGAGGCCUUUGUCCGUCCCUCUGCCCCUGCAUCAUCCUCGCAGGCUAGGAGCAUAACCACCCGGAGCGGCGGAACCCAGCAGCAGUGCCGGGCAGGGGGAUCGAUGCCCGGUGUACGACCGGGACGCGGGGCAGACCUAGCUGUUGGCGCGCGACACUGCUCCGGCGGCGGCGGGGGAGGAAGCGGAGGGGGAGCGGCGGGAACAAGCCGACGAUGGCUGUGGACGGCGGCGGCCAUGACGGCGGUGACGGCCGUAACGGCCACCACCGCCAGCAACACCUCCGCGUCACCCUGCACACCCGACUCCAUGGCGGCAACAUCGGCGCCGGGUGUAGCAGGAGGGGGGAGGGGAGGCGGUAGAUGCGAGCUGAAAAACAGCAGGUGCAGCAGCAGCAGCAGCAGCAGCAGUGACGACAAGAGCAGCUGCAGCGGUGUCCGUGGUUCUUCUGAAGCCGGACAGAAGCAGAGGGAGGACGAGGCACCUCCGGCUGAUGCUUGGCGAUCACCGUCAGCCUCCGCAUCCACGCCUGCAACAGCACCUCGAGCAGGCGCGGCAUCACCACAGGCCACGGCAGCAGGCUGGAGAGAAGACCUAUCACGAUCAUCGGCGCCUCCGUCUUGGUUAGACGCCGGGGUUUUCCUGCGCGGGGUUUCGGCGCUAAACUUGCGGGGAGGGGUGAGGGCCAUGAGCCCGGCGGCAGCGCCCAGUGGCCGCGGGAGUGAGGAAGCCGGGGAAAGGGGCAAGAAGAAGGUGGACGGGGAAGGGCGCGGGAAGCGCGUCCCGUUGGCCGGGCGGCCGCUGUUUACGAGCGUUGCGUCGACCAAGGGGCACCGGCCGCGCAUGGAGGAUGAGUUUUUCUUGUCCUCCGACGGGAGCUUUUCGGCCGUUUACGACGGGCAUGGUGGCGCUAACGUGUCAGAGUACUUGAGGCGAAACCUCUACAAGCACGUGAUGGACCACCUGCCCCCGGGGGACGACGUGUACGGCCUCGAGACUGUCCAGGAGGCGUUGCGGUCGGCCUUCAAGUGUGCCGACGACUACGUGAUCACGCAGACCCCCUACGGCAACGAGGGGAGCUGCGCUGUGUCGGUUACGAUCCACUGCGACAAGGAAGGCAAGGUCUCCAUCAUCUCCUGCAACCUGGGAGACUCACGGGCGGUGCUGAGCAGAGGAGGAAAAGCUCUGGAUCUCACAGAGGACCACAAGCCCAACGCGCCUAGAGAGAUGGAGCGAAUUUACAGGCAUCGUGGGAUGGUAACUUGGGAGGGGUUCGAAUGCUCUCGAGGCCUACAGAUAGAGGGGACAGGCGUUUACCGCAUCAACGGGAGCCUUGCCGUCGCAAGGGCGAUCGGGGACAUCGACUACCGCCCCUGGCUGUCCGCCGAGGUGGAGAUCAAGACAAUCGACUUGAAGCGCGAGACGGACCAGUUCGUCAUCCUGGCGAGCGACGGGUUGUGGGACGUCAUGUCCUCCGAGGAGGCCGUUCAGUACGUCCACGCCGUCAUGGGGGGCGCCAUGGGGUCGGGGAAGGAGGGGGACAAGUGGAGCGGCGGCGGCGGCGACAAGGCCGGGGGUUCGGGCGCGGAAGCGGACAAGCCCCCUCACAUGACUCUUGUAAACUGGACGCAAAGCUACGCCGAGGACCGAGGAAUGAUCAGGGCGGCUACGAUGCUCCGAAAGAAGAAGAUGGCGGGCUACCUGACAGAGGAGGCGCUGAGAAGGGGGUCCACAGACAAUACCACGGUUGCUAUCGUGUGGCUGCAGUAGUGUGGCCGCAAGCGCCCGCGCGUGCGGCCUUCAGCGACUGACCGAACGUGCGAGAAUGCCAUGGUUGUUGCUGUUGUUGUUUACCGCCGGUCUCUCCGGCUAGUGGCUGCUACAGCAGUGGUACGCCUGGAAGGAUAAUUGCUGUUUUUUCCGGGAAUCGUGUGAAGAGCCAGAAAAUCGUGGGCUCUAGCGAGAGGGCUGAAGAACUAGCCGCAUUGUUUCGGAGAGGUUUCGGAGACAUAAGAAACAGCAACAGUAUCACAUUGGCAACGGGUUGGACCAUGCCGCUCCACCGUUUAGGUAAGAGGCUGUGCGGCGGGGAAACAUAGAAGUGCACUUCGUGUUGAACAGGUUUGAAAUAGAAGACGUAACAUUGUUGUUCCCAAGAUCACGUACUGGACUGGGGAGUAAAGGACUAUUUGCCACGUGCAAGAAGUCUCGAAAACGGCAGCGCUAAGCGUUUAUGCACUGCCGUUUCGUAAAGUUUGGCUUGGCGCGCUGUGAGACGCGGAUUGUUACGCGUCAUGUUGUGCUUUCAUGUGCCGGGUCGCCGGUGGUGGGUUCCCUCUUUUCUUCGCUUAGUGCGGGCGGUCUUCCCUACCACCUCCGCCCCGCUUGAUUUGCGGCGGGACUUAUACAUAGAGGUCGUCUUAAACAGGUGCAUAGCAUAACUAGGUUCAUGGGGGUGUACAUAGAUGGACGGCUACCCAGCGAGGGGGGUACUGGCUGCGUGCGAGAGGACAGAAAUGGCGCCGAUGCGCGCAUGUAUGUAUAUCCGUCUCGUAUGCUUUCUGUGUCGAGGAGGCGGGGAUGUUGGCGUGUAGAGCUUGCGGAGGAAGGCUCCAGCCCUCUAUGCAAUUAGUCGGAAAGAACUGUUCCCCCGUGGAGGUCUAGAGACGCAUGUCCCGACGAAUGUCGCUCUCGAUAUUUUGCGUGCAUUCUUAUGCUCCAAGUGUUGAGAUAGAGUCGUGUACACCGGCAUUCCGUGCUGUAUUUGGUGCCAGAAUAACACGAGUGAUGAUGGGUCUGAUGGUACCAAGCUGCCUGGGACUGCGGCAUAGGGGAUAGGCUAGUGCAGUGUUUGCUCAACACCGCAGUGGCAGCAGCAAAAGCUUGUCACGGUUCAUGAAGUCUCAUUUCAAGGGAUAGGUUAAAGGCAGUGCAAAUCGCGAUACAAAUCGUCUUUUCGUCCAUGAUGCAGUUAUGCGUCCUUGGUAUGUACACCGGAGCUGACGCUGCAAUCGAUUGCUGAAACACAACCAAAACUCGCUGUUUCGGAAUGUUGAAUCCAGGCUUUCUCAAGUUCAGAAACUGUAGGUGCCGGGCAGGGUACGCGACUAAACCAACAGCAGGUCGUUGUUUCUUGUCCAACACCCACCUAACUAUGCGUCUAAAUGCCUGUUGCUAU